AUUUCGGGAGUAUCCUAGGUUCCGGGAUCCGGUCGUGACCAUGUGCUGUGACUGUUGAGUGCUACGUACUCUACAAAAAUACGACCAGAAACUGUUAUGGGCAUUUUAGUACCAAGAAAGUGAUUAACAAACCUGCAACGGAAUUCAGGUCAAUAUUAGCCGGACAGCAGAUUACUCACUAUCAUCAUCAUAAUCAUCAUCGCCAUCAUCAUGAAAACUGGAUUUCAGUUUGUUCCGGAGAAUAAACCCAUACGCUUCUUACCAGCGACACGCGUCUUCUGGGCAUCACCCAUGAUCAACACUUCACUGCACAACUAUCCGCUGGAGAUCUGGACCACGAUCCCGGAGAACGAGCUGAUCCUACGCCUGUGUCUGUUCGUGCCAGUCAUACUAUUCGGGUUGCUCGGCAAUGGGAUCCUGCUGGAGGUGAUCUUCACGAACCGCACGCUGCGCACACCGAGCCAUCUGCUGAUCGCGAACCUGGUCGUCACCGAUUUCCUGACGCUGCUCGUGCGCCCCAUUUUCUUUAUGACCCACGAUUUCUUCCAAAACUAUCUGCUCGGUCCGGUCGGUUGCAAGAUGGAAGGUUUGAUUGAAGGUGGGCUAUUGGUCACCUCCGUUCUGAGCAUGUGCGUGAUCAGCUACGACCGUCUGUCGGCGGUGGUGCUUUCGUCGGGCAGUCGCCUGAAGGGACGUGGAACUGCGGCAGCGAUUGCGUUUUGUUGGAUUGCCGGAUUUACCAUCUCGGUGCCGCUGUCCCUGUAUCGUCACUUCAAGAUCCGCCAGUGGCACGACUGGAUCGAGAUGUACUGUCAGGAGGAGCACGCACUACUCGCCACCUACUGGAACUUUCUCAUCGCGAUGCUCGUCUGGUUUCCGCUCGGCAUUAUGCUGAUCGCCUAUACGCUCAUCAUCCUGAAGCUGGACCGCUACGAACGGAAUGCCUUACGGCGUCAGCAUCCGAUGGUGGUGCGGUACAAGAGCCGAGUGGCCAAAACACUCUACAUUGUCCUGAUCGGAUUCAUUAUGGUGCGUAUCCCGUACACCAUCAUGGUGUUGCUGUAUUACGAUGUUGAAAACUUUGAAAACAAUGAGUAUAGCGAAUCGUUCGUGUUUGCCUGGUGGCUAACGAAGGUAGCGUUUAUGCUACUGAAUGCGGCCAUCAAUCCCCUCGUAUAUGGGCUGACGAACAAGACAUUCAAGAAGGCGCUCCGAGGAUCGCGAGUUUUGCAGUUUCUCUGUCGUCUACCAUCGGAACCGGAAUCGUCCCCAAAUGCUCCUCUGCGGCCCAUCUGUUGCUUCUGCUGCUGCCGGGACGAUGGACAAUCCAAUGAUGUGGAACAGUCUUCGCAGGAGGAUAAGAUUGUAUUCAGAUCGAAAUUUCCUCGAGUGAGCAAACGAUUCCGGGCCACAUGGCUGAACUCUACUUUUAAAGCUAGACAACCCAAGUCCGACUCUACUGAUGCCGAUAAAUCUUAGCCGCGUAUCUGUAAAGCGAUAUAAUCUGUCAUUAUUUUCGAGUGUAUCGUGAUGGCCAAUCUGUAAAAUAUAUACCUUAUGAAAAACCUGUACA